AUGAUUACAGAGCAAAACAUUGUAGAUAUUGUUGUCUUUCUAAAAACUCUUACUUCCUGUGAAGUUGUAGAACCCCUUGGUAAAAAAGUUCGUGAUGAUCUGAGAAAUUUAAUAAAAAAUAAAAUAGUACAAAAGGGAGAACAACUGGCAGAUGCCUCUUACGAAAGGGGUAUAGAAAUUAGUUAUGCAUUUGCAUGUGUAAGGGUAACGAUUACUACAUAA